CGGUGAUUUUCUCGUAGACCUACGAAGCUCUCUCUCUUUCUCUUCAUCUCCCUCAGGGAUCAAGCUGAAUCUCUCCCUUUCUCUCCGCGCCUUCUAUCUCCCUAUUAUCAUCAACAACGAUUUCACAGAUUCCUCAUCUUUUGAAGGAUCGGAGGCUUCAGCUAAUUCCUUGAAAACCCUAAUUCGUUUUCCUCAAAUUACAUCUCUUUUUCACCAACCCACAAUCUAGUUAUGGAUGCUGAUUCAUGGGCUGCUCGUCUUUCUUCUGCCUCCAAGCGUUAUCAAGCGGCUCUUCAUUCACGAUCCGAUUUGUUCAUGGGAUUUGAUGAAAUUGAAGAAGAUGAUUUAAGAGAGGAGUUUGCGUGUCCAUUCUGUUCAGAGUACUUGGAUAUUGUUGGUUUAUGCUGUCACAUAGACGAUGAACAUCCAGUGGAGUCCAAAAAUGGGAUAUGUCCAGUUUGUUCAAUGAGGGUGGGAAUUGACAUGGUUGCACAUAUUACAUUGCAGCAUGGGAAUAUAUUCAAGAUGCAAAGGAAGAGGAGAGCAACACGUAAAGGUGGUGGUGGUGGUGGAUCAGUAUCAACACUAUCAUUGUUGAGGAGAGAACUUCGAGAUGGAAAUCUCCAGUCUCUUCUUCUUGGAGGUUCGUCUUCAUCCUCCUCCGCAUCAUCCUGUCCUGUAAAUGCAGGACCAGAUCCAUUGUUGUCAUCGUUUAUUAUGCCUAUGGUUGAUAACUUUGGUGCUAGUACACAACCAUCGCCAUUGUCAAUUAGUAAGAAGAUUACAAAUGAGAAUGUUUCAGAAGAGAGGGGUGGUGGUGGUGGUGGUGGUGGUGUAGUACAGUGUAGUCAUGUUAAUGUUCCUCCAUUAUCAAUAAAAGAUCAAGAAGAGAAAUCAAGGAGAUCUGAGUUUGUGCAGGGGAUGUUAAUGUCAACUAUCUUUGGUGAUGAUGAAGACGAUGAUAUGUUAUAAUAAUGAUAAUAAGAACGAUAAUAAAGGAGAUUGGGGCUGCUGCUCCUCUAGAGGCACUUGUUUGUUGAUGUGUGAUGAUGAGUUUUUCAAAAUAACAAUAAGUGUAAUGCUUCCCUUUGUGGCAUUUACUCUUUCAUCUUCUCCUUCUUCUUCAACUCAUUUACAAUUAUAUAUUAUUUCUUUCUUUCUUCAGCUUCA